AUGAAGACGUUGGCUUCGCUUCUAGCCAUCGUGCUUGUUUCCACGACGUCAGCAUCUAUCCGUCGAUUCAUCGUCAAAAAUGACGUCUUCAUGGGAACACGUGCCCCCGAAUUUUGUAUGGACUAUUUUGAGAGCUCUUCUGCCAAACUAAAAACUGAAAAUAUCGAUCGAGAAGUGCUGGAAAACGCAAUCGAUGGGAAGGAAAAUUUUCUUCAACAAGAGGAAUAUUUUAAUUCCAUCCAAAACCUCGCCGAGAGCCAGAAUCCAGAGCACAUUUGCGAUGCUGCUGAAUUCGCACCAACCAUCCUUUCAGCAGACUACCAGUACACAUGCCUAGAGAUUUGCCAAAGCUGCAUGCCAGGAAGCACACCAAUCUGCUAUCAACGAUCUCCAAGAUAUCCAGGACUCGCCCAAGUUUGCCUGUGCACCUAUGAUCUUCAGAAGCCAGUGGAGAACGCCGCAUUCUCAAUUCGCCACGAGAAACGAGUUUUUAGCCGGAAAAUUCGACGAACCUAA